AUGGGCAAUUUCGGAACUGCAGUCACUUCGCUUCUGGAUACUUACACAAAGUGUUUGUCCCUCUUAAAGGGUACCCGUAGCCACGAUGAUGGGGCUUUGAGUGAUACUCACUCAACAUUGAGUGCCUCACUUAGAUCUGACCGAAGACGAGUCCGUCGAGUAUAUGCUUCGCGGCUUUCCAAAGAUGGCUCUCGUUUUGAAAAAGGCGAUGCCCCUGCUCGAUCGGCUUUAAGACGAAUUGUUAAGAAACUCACCACCACGCUUACCAACAUCGUCUCACAUGACGGAAAGCGACCACCGGUCAGAUAUGAGUCUCUAUUAGCCCUUUCGAAUGGAUCCAGUAUAAAAGCAGUUCGCACCAUGAAUGACUUGUCGAGCAGAGUAGGAUCAAGAAGCACCAUCUCUCAAAGUAGCGUUGUGAGUAGGGGACGACAAAGAUCGCAUCCGCACGACCAUAAAGCUAGGAAUAAAUCACAGAAACUGCCAGAAAGCCGGCCCAGGAGCGAUACCAAGGAGCGCAAGAGACAUUCGAGUCGCCAACUACAAUCAUCCGUCAGUCGACAUCGACAGCGAAGCUCCAAAGGUCGACGCUCACCAGACAAGCCAGCUCCUCACAACCGAGUCUCAAUAUUGACCAUGUCAUCGGAUUCCACAAAGUUGGGAGAGAUCAGGCGACGCCUCUCAAAGCAAAGGCCAGUUGAGGGCUAUGGGAACAUGGCUGCAUAUCCGUUGUACACGUAUCAUAACGAAGUUGUCCAAACUCGGAAAAGGUGGUGGAAUCCUUUCGGACGUUCACGAUCGACGGAUGCUGAUAUAUAG